GUCAAACAGGGAAUUAACAACUCCCGAAAAAAUCGCAAAAAAAAAGCAUUAUGCACAGCAGAAGCAAUCAGAUAUCGCGGCAUUAAUGAAAAUAGCGUCAAACGCACCAGUUUUGGAGCCGCGGAAAAAAUCUGAGUUACCAGCACUUAAAAAAAAUGAGACCAAAGAGCUUUCAAGAAAUUAUUAUUCAAUAGUAGAUGACGAAAAUAAGGAUUUGCGACAGGAUCUAGAAUCAAAAAUCAAAAAUAUAAAGGCAAAAGAAACUACUAAUAAGAUUAUGGAUGAUGAUGAAUAUAGUGAUGAUGAUUACCCAUCAACUACAGUUGACGAGCGUAAUCUGCAAUCUAACGACCAAUUAUUAGGACAAAAUUCGCCAGGCGAUAAGAUGGUCUUACUGCAGGAUGGGGUGUUCUGCAAUGAACGCGUUUUGGAAGUCGCAUUGAGUUCGUCGCACAAGGCGAGCCAUAUUGUCCGCCGCCUAAUUGUAGGCGUAUUUAAGCUUGAUAGCUUAAAGAACUGCACAUUCACGGGCGCAAGUCACCGCGGAGUGCAUGAAAACAAAGACGACAUCACUUGUUUAAACUUGCACGCAAGAAAUAGUAUCAUUGAUUAUGCAAUGAAAUUGGCAAAAAGAAAAGGGUGGGUAACACAAUCUAUCAAGGAACUAAAUACCGCGAUGUCACAAAAACUGGGCGAAAUAAAAAGAGAGCUGAAAAACGCUGAUGCCCAAAACAAGUAAUUUUUUUGAACGGGUGUUUGUGCUCAUUUCGUUUUUUAAAAUUAAAAAAAUUUUUUUUUUUUUAUUAAUCUACUAUGAGAUUUAAAAUUAUUUAAGUUGCU